GGUACUUCAGUUGGCUUUAAGCCGUCGAGUGGAGCAGUCGGCAGUAGCGGUUCUUGUCGAUUUUCUAUUUUUUGUUCGGUUUUUGAUAGCGUGGUUUUAAUUUAUCCACCCACUUUUUCGGUUUAUUCCUUCUUGCUCUGAGUUUCUUUAGAAAAACGAUCGCCUUCAAGGGAAUUGGGUCUUUCGAUUCGAUUUUUUGAGAGAUACCGUGCAGUGUAUGUGUGUGUGUGCGUGCCCGUUGAGUUUGCGCCCUUAUCUCCCUACCCCAAGGAAAAGGAAGCCAGCCCCCACACACUAUUCCACCGCCAUUUUUGUGCUCUUGGGGUCGUCCAACAACGCCCGUCUUUCCCAAGUAUAGAGAGAGAGAGAAAAGAGAGAGAAGAAAAAGCUGGUGAAGCAAAAUAAAAGGAAGGGGAAGCCAUCACCAAACGAAAGACGAAGACGAAAAAUAAAAUGGAGUCGGGAGACGAAGCCAACAACGAUACGAAGGGUGGUCAUAGCGGCAAGACUAGUGCAACGACUGAAGGCAACAACAGCUCUACUUCAAGCAACAGUCACGGCCGUCCUCAUCAGGUCGUGGAUAAUACCGAUGCGGCGGUCAGUGCAGGUGCCGGCCCAACUUGCUUAUGCGGCCAUCGUUCGUCUGCUGUUCCGGGAACUUCGUCCUCCUCCUCUUCCGAAUUACCGCCCCUUCCCGUCAUUUCGCUCACUGUGGCGCCCACCACUGGCGGCCAAUUUGAGCUCAAAGUCAGCAAGCUCGAGACGAUCGACAAUUUGAAAAAGACCAUCUCCAAGCGUCUCAAAGUGCCCAAAGAACGGAUAUGUCUCCUCUGGAAAGAUAGACAUCUACGAGACGGGACGCUGCGAGAGCACGGAGUUUGUGACGGAAGUCGAUUGACGCUCUUACCAAGCGUGGAAACCGGUCUGUUGACUCAACGUCCGGAGCAGAGCGUGAUGCAAGCACUGGAAAGCCUUAACGACAGCCAGGUGAACGAUUUUCUGUCGGGUAAAGCGCCGUUGAAUUUGACGAUGCGUCUGGGCGAUCACAUGAUGUUGAUCCAGCUGCAACUGUCGGCCGUGGCGCCUACAGCCUCCUCAUCGGCCCACAGACGCCCAGCCGUCAGCCACCAUCAACCUUCGACCUCAUCGGCCAGUAGUCGAACAUCUUCCUCUACGUCGUCGGCGGAAUCUAGCAACGCCUCAGCCAGUUCUGCUGCUCCAGUGCCCAGCACUUCUUCGUCAACGGGUUUGUCGGCCAUGUUGAACGCUCCCCUCCGUCAGACGCUACCCACUCCUCCUCCAUCGAGAGCUCCGUCUCCUUCACUUUUGGCUGCAGCAGCCAAAGCUGCGUCUGCUCCUGCAUCAUCGAAUCCAGUUUCGGUCCCGUCAUCCACUUCGACGGCUGUCCCACCCAUCGUCAAAUCGGAGAAGCCAUCACCUCCACCGUCUGCUAGCAGUAGUGGAUCAGCUGUUCCACCCGCCGCUGUCGGUUGUGGCGUGGCAGGAUGCGUCGGAUGCGAAACGUGCGACACGCGACCCGUGCUGGAUACGCGGGCGCUGGCCGAAGCUUCGCGCAACCUGACACAGACUCUCAAACAGCUCUCGUCCGAAGUGCUCACCUCCAGAAGCACAAACGAGAGCAGCGGACGGAGUCGUCGUCGCCAAGGUGCCAUCAUUGAAAGUAUGCAUCAUCACGGCAAAGGAGUCUACUCGGGCACUUUCUCAGGUACAUUGAAUCCGGCUCUACAAGACCGCCAGGGCCGCCCCAAGCGCGAUAUCAGCACCAUCAUCCACAUCCUCAACGAUUUGCUGUGCGCCACUCCCCAAUAUCGUCGCGUGUUGAACGCCCACGCUGCCGCAGCAGCUGCUGCUGCUGCCGCCGCCGCCGCCGCUGCCGCUGCAGCCGCUUCUGCAGCAACCACGUCAUCAACUUCCGCUCAGGCUAGUACAGCUGCCAAUCAGGCCGUGCCUGCCACUGGCCAGCAGAUUCCAAUUUCAAUGGAACAGGAUGACACCGAGUUAGCCGCAGCUGCAGCCCAAAUGGCGGCCGCUGCUGCGCUCCACCGCAAGACUCCGGGUAAGGCAGGCCUGCCAACCCUGCUACUCCUUAGAGAAGAAACACGUCGCCUUGCUGAAGAAAAUCAAGCUACCCGAGGCAAACUGGAACAACUGCGUAUGGUGAUGGAAGAGCGUCGUGCCCGUCGAAGAGCCCGCAGGGAGGCAAGAGCCGCUCCUUACACCACGGGCACAUGGUCAUCUAAAAACGGUGGAGGAGCUGCUGUAGCCGCUUCCGCAUCUUCCUCGGUCAAUGCGUUGGCCGGCAGUGCUGGGUGCGGUGCAUCGGCAUCAACACCGGCCGGUUUUGCUGGCGGAGUUCAAGCCAAUGCUGCCCACGCCACAGCGGCCGGAUCUCUGGAUUGCGAAGCGGCCGCCGCCUCUUCCGACAGCAGCAUGGAUACGAGCGACGCUAGCAGCACGGCCGAGCUGGUCCGCGAGCUCAACACCGAGCCCGUCGUCGCGUGAUAAUAUUGACGAUGCAUGACGAUCCCCCUUUUUUUUUUUUUGGCAAAUCCUUCCUCGGAACUACAACAGUUUACUCGCUGCGAUGACCUCCCAUACACCUCCCUCCGUCUGUUUCGAAAGAAGAUAUGUUGAUGAGAAACUGCUUGUGCCAGAUUCUAUGGUGAGCCACCAGAUCGCGGUGUCCAGCAUUCUUUUCUUUUUUUUUCAAUUUAAGUUUUUGCAGAGAGAAAAUGGCCUGAAAUUUAAGACUACGAGAGAGAAAUUUCCACCAUCGAGUUUUCUCCUUUCAAAAAAAAAAAAAUAUUAUUUGCCGUCGUCUGUAAAUAACCCGCGCACUGUGUGUAGAGUGCUGAUUUCUCACUAGAAGUGUUGGAACGUCGGCAUACUUCGUGCUUUCCCUUCCUCCUCGUUCGUCAUCAAGCGGCCCAAAAAAAGAUGUUUCUUUUUUUAGACGAUUUGGUGAUAAUUAUUAUCUUUUUUUUUCAGUCGAUGUCACCCGUAUGUGCACUAAGCCACGUCCUCUCCCCUCAAAAAGAGAAAGACUUUCGCCAUUUGCGUGUUUUUUUUUUUAAUUUCCUCAUUUUGAAUCCUCGUGAAUUUUCAAACUUUUUUUUUGUGUUUUCAUUCUAUUUUUCCCUCCCGAAUCCCACCGUUGUAUGUCUUGCGUGAUUGGUUCGUUAAUUAAGUGUAAUUGUGUUUUUCUUUUUUGCUCUGCGGGGAGAAAGCCCAAAUUCAAUUUGGUUCCAUUAAAAACGGGAAUGAAGACGAUGACGGCGGUGACAAUGACUGAUUGUCAGUUGAUGACCGCAGGUCUAAAUUUUAUAUACAUAUUAUAUAGAUAUAUACAUGUCUUUUGUGCGCAGUUUGUGCCCUCCUUCCUCUUAUAACAAUUUCCUCUCUUUCAAAAGAAAAAAAAAUGUCCCAAGAAGAUGUUUUAAGGGAUGAGAAAAGCAAAAAAUGUUUUUCGUGACCGUUCGGGAUGAGUCUCGUCGGGAAUUUUUGGCUGCAUUUUGCUGGGUUGUCUUGUUUGGAGCGAUACGUUCAUUUAGGAUAAUUUUAAAAUUGUGUUCCCGUCGAUUGAUUUUUUUUUUUUUUUUUUUUUUUUGCUUUUUAUUUUGAUAGGAGAUGAAAGAAUGGAAAUCUUUCAGUUAUAGGUAAUUAAGGUUCAAUUGUCGGCUGAUUGUUUGGCUUCCCUUUUUUUUUUCUUUGGUAUUCAUUAUUUGUGAGCAAAGGGGAGAAAAUUUGGGUCUUGCUGUCUUGAUUUUUUCUUUAGUUUGUAUUCUUGAGUACCAUUAGACACAUUGGCUUGCAAAAAAAAUUUUGUUUUUAUUCUUUAAUUUAGGCAGAAACAUGCCUUUGUUUUGAUGGAAAUGUUUUCGGACGUCUGAUGCUUAAGUUGAAAUAGAAAGGAAUUAAAGACGAGGACACUUUUUUGGGGGGAGGUUUAACAGUUGAAUUCAAAACAUUUUGUCUCUUUAAUCGGAAAGGAUAAAACAGAACAAAUCCAUUGGCGGUCAUUUAAAUUCUCGCUUCUGAUCCUUCCCAAUUUUUCCCUUUAGUGGAGUGUCGCUCUUUCAUCGUGUAUCUUUGGGAAAUUUUUUUUUUCGUAUUUGUUUACCUUAAAGUGAGAAAUGACUAAUAAAAAAAAGAUUUGUAUGUUGAAGAGAGAAAACCAAUUGAUCGCCAAUCACGGAGUGAAAUUACCCACUCUACAAACACACACACACAAAUCUCUCCCGAGUAAUUCAAAUAAUUCGAAAUUUUUGAAAUUAUUAUUUCUUUGAAUUCCUAUAAAUUAAUAAUUUUUAUUUUCUUCAUAUUAUAAUUAAUGUCUCGUCUCCAUGAAUUUUCAAUGCGCGUGUGUGCCUGUCUGUGUGAUGUAACCCGUGUUGUUUUCUCGGAUCUUCUUUGAUCGGCGAUGUGAUGUCGGCCUGUUUGUUCAAGUGUCUCCCUCUGUUUGUUCUCCCUUUUAAUCUCUCUUUUCAAACUAUCCCUUUUUUUUUUUUUUAAUUCGAUAGUAUGUCUCGAGUUUAGUAUGUGACCAUUGUUUUGGUUUUUGAAAAAAUAAGAAAAUUGAAUUUUGUUUCGUUUUUUCGUCGAAAAAGCGACGUCGCACCUGUUAAAUGCGAUUAUCGCUUUCGAAGCUAAAAAAAGGCGAAAGAAACACGAAAAACCAACAAAGAUGAAAUAAAAAUAAAUAAAAACG